AUGCUGGAAAAUGAUGUCGUGAACGGACUCGAUGGUAAUUUGGAGAUCAUAGUUAAUAGGUUGAAAGGACGACCACGGGAUCUAGACGUUGUCACAAUAACAGGCAUGGGAGGCAUUGGCAAAACAACACUUGCUAAAAAAGCUUAUGAUCAUCUCACAAUCAGGCAUCACUUUGACAUUCUUGCUUGGGUUACAAUAUCUCAAGAAUUUCGACCUAGAAAUGUAUUGUUAGAAGCUUUAAACAGCAUUUCAAAGCAAACAGAUAUUGUGAACGCAAAAAAUUAUGAUAAGAUGGAUGACAAUGAGUUAGCUGACCUGGUGCAAAAGAACCUAAAAGGUCGAAGAUACCUUGUUGUUGUUGAUGAUUUUUGGAGUAGGGAUGUUUGGGAUAGUAUACGUAGAAUAUUUCCUAAUUACAAUAAUGGAAGUCGAAUCUUAUUGACUACUAGGGAAAACGAGGUAGCAAUGUAUGCAAAUACUUGUAGCCCUCAUGAGAUGAAACUUUUGAGUUUAGAAAACGGUUGGAAGUUACUUUGUGAUAAGGUGUUUGGACCAAAACAUGAUCAUCCUCCUGCAUUGGAAGAAAUUGGAAAGGAAAUAGUAGAAAAAUGCCAAGGACUACCCUUAACGAUUUCAGUGAUUGCGGGACAUCUCUCUAAAGUGGCCAGGACAUUAGAGGGUUGGAAGGAUGUUGCCCGAACCUUAAGUGAAAACAUUGCUAGUAAUCCAAAUAAAUGCUUAGGAGUGCUCGGUUUGAGUUACUAUCACUUGCCUAAUCGCCUCAAGCCUUGUUUUCUUUCUAUGAGUAGUUUCCCAGAGGACUUUCAGGUUGAUACUCGGAGAUUGAUCCAAUUAUGGAUUGCAGAAGGUUUCAUAAGGACAUCUGUUGGAAGUCGUAAAAGCUUGGAGUAA